AUGGUUCAGUUCUACGUAAAAUGCUCGAAACCGUUCGAAACGAUUCCAGAGUGGAAGGUGAUUGAAAUUCAAGGAGAAUUGAAUCUAAGGGAAGAUAAAGAAGCGAAAAAAGACGAAAAUAAACCAAACGAAGGAUUCGGUGGAAAGAAAUUCGGAGACAUUCAUUUCGACGAAUCUGGAACGCCGAUUCUAGUGCUGGGGCAUCACACGAUGACGGGAAAGAUCACCAAGGUCUCGCCUCCUUAUGGAGUUCUUGGAUCAGAGAGAAAUGAGAAGGGCGACUAUUACGUCGAGGCAAUCAUUCGGGAGAAGAUCAUUUUCAAAACCCGGCCGAAACCGAUCAUCACGCAUGUUCCAACCAGACUCAAAUAG